AUGGCGCACACAAUGUUCGACAAGCUCCGAGAUGAGCAGCUUGCCCUUGGUUUGGACCCCUGGGCUCCCUUCGACGAUGGUUGCGAGUGGGCUCUUGCGCGAUGGCUGGUCACAAACGUGGGGAAGACUGCUAUCGAGGAGUUUCUAAAGUUACCAAUAGUGCGUCAACGCCUUGGGACAUCAUAUCACAGUGCAUAUACACUGUUCAAGAAGGUUGAUGCCCUACCCCAUAGUGCCGACUGGCAUCUGAAGAACAUCGAGGUCAGCGGAAAUGUGGCUGGUAAGGAUGGAAAGCCAAUGAAAGAGAACCUCGAACUAUGGUUUCGUAACCCUGUGGACUGCAUCAGAGACCUUUUUGGGAACCCGCAGUUUGCAGAGUCGAUGGUGUAUGCGCCGGAGCAGGUUUUUGACGACGACAACGGGAAGAUGCAACAAUAUGAGGAAAUGUGGACAGGCGAUUGGUGGUGGGAAACGCAGGGCCGAUUACCGGAAGGUGCUGUGGUUGCACCGGUGAUUCUAGCGUCCGACAAGACCGCUUUGUCCAUGUUCUCGGGUAAUAAGACUGCAUGGCCGGUGUACCUCACAGUUGGAAAUAUAUUGAAGGCCAUUUGCCGCCAGCCAUCAAAGUGUGCGACCAUUCUCAUUGGUUACAUCCCCGUCACAAAGUUGGAGUGCUUCUCCGAGGACAUCAGGUCUGAGGAGGGGUACCGUCUAUUCCACUACUGUAUGGACUCCAUUCUCGAUGCUCUUAAAGACGCUGGUGCAAACGGCGUGCCUAUGACCUGCCCAGAUUGUGCGGAACCACUGGCCUAUAUCCAUUGGUACCAACCCCUAAACACGAUUGACGCUUCUUUGUCAAUGUACAAGAUUGUAAGGUCCUCUCGCCUCCACGGUCCGCACAUGUCUGUUGUUCGUAUCUCCGAAAUUCUGUGUUCAUGCCACUUAAUACCAUACGGAGGAGGUGAUGGCGUCUCCUCAUGGACAAGGGAAUCAGCCCUUGACAAUGCGGAGACCUUUUUACUUAAUCAUUAUAUAGAUUUAGACUUCUUUGAGCAUGUCCGAGUGGAGCGUUCACGCGCAAGGGGAUAG